AGAAGCCAACCAAAAGCACCUCCUAUUGUUAUUUUAAAGAAUCUCUCAGUUUCCUCAAUUUCCUUGCUCCAACACUACGCAGAUCUGAACAACCACCCAUAUUAGGGUUUCCAUAUCUACUCGUUCGUCAGUUGUCGAAUUCCACAAUCCAAUUGUACAGAUCAAUCCAACCACAUAUGCGGAUGCACGCGACGAUGUCUGUAUUUGUAUAAACUCAAUUGGAGUCAGGUGGUGGUGGAGGAGGAGGUGGUGGUGGUGAAGAGAUGAACGUGAGCCGUCCGUCGGUGCACCCGGUGGAAGCGCCGCCGCCUGCGACGGAGGCCGAGAAUGUGGUCCGGAGAGUGAGGAUGGAGGACAUCCAAGGCAUGCCUGGAACAAUCGGCGGCCUCGUACUGCGUGCUUGUCAGUUCCUAUUCGCAGUCGUGUCCCUCUGUGUUAUGGCCACCACCAACGACUUCCCUUCCGUGUCUGCCUUCUGCUACCUUGUUGCUGCUGCUGGCUUGCAGAGCAUGUGGAGCCUUGCACUUGCCAUAGUUGACGUAUAUGCUCUUCUCGUGGGCCGUUGCCUGCAGAAUCAUCGUAUUGUUAGUUUCUUUGCCAUUGGUGAUGGGAUUACAUCUACUCUUACAUUUGCAGCAGCUUGUGCAUCUGCGGGCAUCACUGUCCUUAUCGGCAAUGAUCUUGGCAUCUGUAAUGAGAAUCACUGCUUACAGUUUGAGACUUCUACAGCAAUGGCUUUCCUUAGCUGGUUCACUGCACUCCCUUCUUUUCUCUUAAACUUCUGGUCACUAGCAUCUCGAUGAAUGGCAACUCAGUUAGCAAUUCCAUUUCAUUUGUGAUACUCGUGGUUUGACCUUGUUUGCGUGUUUUUGUAUGCUUCCCAAAUUGGAACUCAGUUGCUGUAUCCAAUUCGUGCAUAUAUAUUUUUGGCGAAUCAGGCAAAAGAUAUUCCUCAAGUAUUAGAAUUGUGAAUUAAAGAGUCCAUUAGACUUCAUGUUGUCAUAUGCUCAGAUUUCAUUUCGCAGUCAUUUUUGUAAAUUGACAAAGCUAUGAACAGUUAUAUUCGUACUA